GGUUGCGGUCGAGGUCACCUCACAACCACUGAGGUGGCAACCGGCAGCCUUUGCCAAAACUACAGAGAAGUAAGUGGUCAAUUGGACUUGUGCUCUGAAGCACCCAUGGCAUGUAUGGAGGUCUUGCAAGUCACCAGAGAGGGAGUUCCAUCCGUGGAGUGCCACGGUGUGGAUUGGAGCUUGCACACUACACCGUGCCAGGGCCGGCCUGAUGAAAGUGGGGCAAAGAACAGAUUCCUAGUUACGACUGCUGAAUGCUACGAGCAGCAUUGUAAAGCUGCAGUACAGGAAGCCAAAGAAGAACCUGCCCGGCCCUCUCUUGCCCUCCUUGCGGUAUCAUCAUUGUCCCCAGAAAUUACCACAGCCGGUCAUUUCACCUGCUCCAACUUUUCAAAGGAAGAGAAGGAGACGGCCUCCAAAAAUGCCUGUUGCUGUGAAUCGGAAACGUCCUUCACCUGUGUAGAUGAAAACACCAACCACCUCAAUCACCCAGGGAGUCUUGCACAUCGUAGCUGUUGCCAAGACCAAGAGUUCCUUCCCCACCCUGACCCGGACACAGAGAUGCCUUCAGAAUGGCCCUAUGAUCCACCUUCCUUAAUUUCCGAGGAAGAGGAGGAGGAUGGCUCCGAAGCAGCUGGUGGAAAAUCUAUUGAUUACAGCUUUAUCAGUGCCAUCUUGUUCCUGGUCGUUGGGAUUUUGUUGGUGAUUGUUUCCUAUGUGGUGCCCAGAGGCGUAACUGUGGAUCCCAGCACAGUGGCAGCACGGGAGAUGGAGCGCCUGGAGAAGAAGAGCGCCCGGAUUGGGGCUCACCUAGAUCGGUGUGUAAUUGCUGGGCUCUGUCUCUUGACCCUGGGAGGUGUUGUGUUGUCCAGUUUACUGAUGAUGCAAAUGUGGAAAGGAGAACUCUACAGAAGGAGCCGCUUUGCAGCUUCGAAGGAGUCAGCCAAGCUGUAUGGAUCUUUCAAUUUCCGAGUGAAAUCCUCUACAAGUGAUAAUAUGGAGUUGUCACUCGUGGAAGAGGAAGCUCUUGCAGUAACAAGUUAG